AUGGCUCAAAUACCCGCAAUGACGAAUUCAUCAAAUCGUACGGACACAACGAAUGGACCAGUUAAAUCAAUCGAUGGCUUGAGACCGCACUACUACACUACAUUUCAAACUCAUUGUUGUGAAAGCAAAAGCGACUCGACAACGGCAGCGACGACAACAACAACAACAACACCAUCGACGGCACCACCUACAGAUAUACUCCCUGUUCCAAAAACUAUUAAAACCGAAGCAGAACAAUUAUUAAACCAUAUACACGGUUGUCUGAUUGAAAAUUUAACUGAAAUUACGAGUUACACGAGUGACAUACCAAAAGUAUUCUUCAACGCCGAUGAUCAUCAUCAUUUGCAGCGAUAUCUCAUCGAUCGAGUCGUACUGAAGACAAUGAAUGAAGCUCACAUCAUCAAUUGGAAUCCGGCAUUAAAGCAAUUACACCCCAUUCGAACAGCAGGUAAUGGUAAUUGCCUUCUUCAUGCGGUACUGAUUGCUAUGGUUGGUAUACACGAUUCGAAUCUCUAUUUACGAGAUCGUCUUGCUCAAUUUAUGGAUGAAAAUCGAGAUGUUUUGAAAAGCUACUGGCGAAUUGAAAGACUUAGAUCCGAUCGCAGCUACGGCAUACGUUCCGAAGAUUCCAAACUGAAUGAUGAGUGGGAUGAAGUCUGCAAUCUUGUUCAUUAUGAAAAAUCCGGUGAUGGACAAACAGCACGGUAUUUGCACUUCCUCGAAGCUGUACAUAUAUUUUCCAUCUCGAACAUGCUUCGCCGACCGAUAAUUGUUCUCGCUGAAGAUGUCAUACGGAAUAAAAAUGGCGAGCCCAUCUCAGUCAAUGAUUUAUUUGGAAUCUAUUUACCCAUCUUAUCAAUUCCAAAUGAAUGCAUACGUGAACCAAUCGUUCUAGUUUAUGAUCAUUCCCAUUUCUGUCCAUUACAAACGAUUAUCAAUGAUUUAGAUCCAACAGCUGAAAAUUUUCUUCCUCUUUAUCAAUCGAUCAAUCAUACAUAUGAUCAAAGUCUGUUGCCGAUUCGAUUUCUAGGUGAUGAUAUUAGUCGUGAUCGUUCGGAUAGUUUAUUAUAUGAUUAUUUACGGAUACGAACAAUCAAAUACGAUUUCGAUAAAAAAGCAGUCCCGUUGAUGAUCGUUUGCGCUGAACUGGGCCGAAGAAAUUUAUCGUUACGAAAUAAUUUCUUUGCAGUCUAUCACAAGUAUUUAGUGGACUUUUUCGAAGUGCAAAAGCCAGCAGUUGUAGCAGAAGAAGAACGAAAACGACAAAAACAACGUGACGCGAAUAAUUAUACAUCUCCUUCAAUUUCGAAUGAUCACAGUGGUUGGCAAUUGAUUCGAAAAGGCCCAAUGAAACCUUCGCCUCCCUCUCCUGCGAUCACACCACGAACGGCAUCCGGUGCUGACAGUGUUCAUACACGAAAUCGUACUACUCAGACAACGGAACAACGGUGUCUUCGUGCAGAUGAUAAUAAAGAACAAGGAUAUGUGCCGAAAAAUGGCGCCGUUCAUUUCGAAAAGUCUCCGACAAAAGUACAGCACUCUGAUAAGCCUGUUGAUCCUCCUAAAGCAAUAACCCGAAAUGCAAGUAUAGUUGUGAACAAUCAGGAAGCAACUAGGCAAUUACACGUCACUCAUAUUCCCGAAAAUAUCCAAAACGUCAAAAAUAAUGAGAAACCAGUCAAUGUCUCCAAAACCAAUCCGCAAAAUACGUUUACCAAAUCAGAUCGAAGUGGCACAGAAAUACCUGUGCGCAAAAUACUGGCAACACCACCUGCUAGUGCUCGCCAAUCAGCCAGUACCGAUCGUCAUCGCGACACAGUCAGUCACUGUCUCGUAUGCCAGCGCAAUCUUCAAGAUAGACAUCAUUCUUCCGUUUAUUGUUCAGACUGUGAACAUAGAAUGCAGUAUAAUGCUCCUGUUAAUCCUCCUGCGAAUAAACCACAGAUACGAUCCGGUUCAACUAAUAUGUACAUACCAGGAUAUUCGUCUGCUUUGACACCAGUGCCGAAAAUACCUUCCAAUGGCCGAACGAUAUGUCCACAUUGUCGAAGUAUCAAUGAUCUAACUGGUGCAUAUCACCAUACGGGCUUUUCGUGUUCUGCUUGUCAAACACCAUUGAGUGUUGCGUAUCAUUAUUGA